AUGCUGACUCCUACCGUCGCCAACAAAAUCGGCUUCUUUUACGCCGCUGGCAACACCCCAGCAACCAGCCUGACAAGAUGUGUGCCGCAAGGCCAAGAUGCCACCAUCUUAUCCUUAGGCUGUGGUGACUUGCGCAACAUCUUGUAUACCGCAUACACCGAGAAAGGGCUUCACACAGCUCGCAAUGUCUUUCUUCUCUCCUUUCUCCUUGACGGGGAUUGCAAAUUGAGCAGUGAUAAGCUAUGGGAUGUGUAUUAUCAUCUCUUCGUGGAUAGUGAGACGGCUGCUGCUGUGCUCCAGCAAGCCACCAAGUUGGUCUCCAUGUCCAAGAACCUCGAGGACUGGAACAAGAACAUCUACGGCCGAGCCAUCAAGUUUUGCGAUGCAGACACCCUCAGAGAUGUCCGUCGCGUAUGGAUCGUCAUCAAAGACGCCGCGGAGAAGUGCCAGGCUGGCACCCACUGGAAGGCGUUUGAAGAGAACGUUCAGCCCUCUCGGGACUGCCGCUCUGCGAUGCUCGGUGAGGAAGGCAUAAACAUCACCGCCAUGCGUUCUGCUGCUCCUCUGUCUCUACAGGCUGGACCCAAGCUGUGGGAGAUGUCUCAGCAGUAUUGGAAGGACGGCACUGUGACGCCCAAGGGAGCUGAUGAGAGUACCCCGAACCCGCUGCUUGCCUCCCUUCUUUCCGAGGACCAGCUCUUGCAUUACGGGACUGACCCCAUCCUGGGAUUUCACCUAGCUACAGGCUAUGCUCCUCUUACCGAGUCAUCGCCGCUGAAGCCCCAGAACCCUGUUGAAGGGUUCCCUGCUACGGCUGCUGCUCGAACCCAGUUCAACGACUGGAUCGCCGCGUUCAAGUCUGACUUUAAGAAGAACGUUGUUAUCCGCUUUGCUAUCUCGGAUGCUCUGACUCUCUGCCAUAGCUUGCAGACUGUAGCUGCAACAGGAAAGUCGGCCAACCUCUACCGACGAGUCUGGGACGCCCGUCCGUUGAUUUUGGAUGUCAAGGAGUAUGGCAAAGCCGGCUCUGGACCGAAGACUUUCGAUAUGAUCGACACCUCAAACCUGAGUGACCACAUUGGUGCCCUGAAUCUUCUCAUUGCAGCGGGCCCUCUGCUCAAGGAUGAGCCGUGGGCCUCCCUGUUUACCGAGUUGUUGAUCAAGCGACAAGGGACUCUUCAAAACGCCUUUGAGCAGCUCAUCUGCGGACACGCACCCACCAUCUCGCUUCUGCUUGGCUUCAGCCCGGUUCAGUACUGGACCAACGCCAAGGCCGAAUCGCAUGUCGACGAGAUAUUCUUGGGUCUCAUGAACAAGGGGGCCCAGAGGGAUACCCAGGUCCGAAGUCGACUUGCUUGGAAGCGUGAUACCCAGUUCUCUGGCCAGGUGCGUCAUGGAAAGCUGCACAUCGAAGCGAAGCAGCUUGUCAAGCUCCUGUCACCGCUGUACGACUACAUGUUUGAGGCCGAGAACACCUCCAAGGCUCUAGAGAACGCCCAGACUCGGAUCAGUACCUACACACACUUCAUUCGCACAAGCUUUGCUGCAUUUAUCAAGGUUGUAAUGAACCGAGUUGCAACGGACUGGCCGACCAUGUGUUCAACUUUGGUCGACACGAUUGCUCAGGAUCACAGAUUCUUAAUGGCCAGCAACGGCAUGCAGGAUCUUUGUCUUCAGCUUCAUCUUCACGGAGUCAACACCGAGCCCUGGUUGCUGCAGGAAAACAGAAAGCUGCCAGAGAACGGAACAUUCAAUCUCUGGAAGUCUCUGCCCCCCGCUGUUGCCGUCACCGUGGUGGUUCCUAGAAGCCAAAUUGCUCGGCUGUAUAAGCAUGAUAACGAACAGCUCAGACUCGCGUCGCCGCCGCUUGUCGGAUCGGUUAGGUCGAGUCACGAUGCGACAGAAGCAUGGCAGAACAUCUUUGGAGACAUUCAGAUUGUGUUUGGAAACCUCAAGACAUCCAAGUUACCGAACGAGGAUGACUUCCAGGUUACAGUUGAACCAGACAAGGAUGGUUGGGCGGGCGACUCCCCUUUGAUCGCAUCGUUUUACGUACCCACGUCGACUCUGCAGAAUGAGCCCAACACAGCCUUGGCUGGCGUCUGUGUUCCACCGACCGGUCAGAACUCCGUGAUCUUUGGACCGAUCCUCGGCAUGAACAUGACUGUCUUUGAGACACAGUUGGAUGAUAGGUCUCAAGUCUUUGUGACAAAGUACCUGCCUGGACAAACAGGUUACCCCUUGAUUUGCGGUGCUCUCAAGCCUCUUGACAAGGAAACGAACUCGGGCCAGAACGACAAGACGACGAAGCUGAUGGUUAAUGUUGCACCUUCCGAGUCCAAGAUCACCACCAUCACUGGUCACUUGGACAUCACAUCGACCAAGGGUAAGGCGCUCCUAAAGGAAAAGGCUCCUAUUGAGCUGCGCCAGGAGAACCCCUUUGUCAUCGACAUUGUCUUUGGGAAGAACAAGCUGGUGUGCCCUGUCAAGUUCCCAGUGCCUGUAACCAAGACGGGUAUUAGGUCACGCGUGGCUCGAACCACGGGCUACAUCGAAGUGAUUGCACCAUUGGCUGAGCCUGCGGUAUCUGAAGAGCUCUUUGAUCUUGUCUACCCGGUGGAAAUCUCUUCCUCUGGUGUCCCAGCUACGCUCAACACACCGCAUUUCAACCUCGACAAUCUCCCAAUCAUUGAUCUGCAGAAAAAGGACAAGACACGUUGGAUGACCACGCUCACCUCUUUGCAAUUCUCAACCCGAGAGAAGCAUCUGCGCGAGGUUAGGGAUGACAGCGGAAUCUCGGAUAACCCAGUCGUCAACCUGAAGGAGUCCAUCUUUACCAUGUUCAUGCUCGCCUCGGGUCUUCAGGGAGGUCAGACAGGCCUGUUUGCAAUCACCCAUCCCGAUCGAGGAGGCAUUCACAUGCUUGUGUUUGCGUCCGCUAUUAGGCUUGAUGGAGACGCUGCUUCGGUAGUCCUUGAUGCUGCCAUCAUUCCCUUUACCAUGGACCUCGUCGAGUCUGGUCGAAUGGAAGCCUUCCUCUUGAUACUCCGAACGCUUGAGUGUGCCUCAAUCACUGUGAACGACGCCGAGCUGGCCCUUUGGAAGAAAGUUCUCCCUUCGUUCGUGGAGCGAUGCCGAACUUGGCCCCACGGCCGCAAGUGUGAGUACAAGGGAAAGGGGGCUACUAUCCCGUUGAGUCUGAAGGAUGGCGAACAAGUCAUCUGCUCGUGUGGCAAUGGCCGUCUCCCCAAGGACUUUAUGUCACUCCCCGAGUGGGACAGCGCGGCUCCCAAUGCUGUCCGUGUUGCAAUCAGCCCAACGUAUGCGGUUCCUUUCGUUGAAGAGGUCAUCGAUGCUUCCGAAAUGCCCAGCAUGGAACAAGUGACUUCGCCAAAGGACCGAUGCAGAAACUGCGGAAAGCCCGAGAGUGAUAGUGUGACGCUGAAGAAGUGUAUGCGCUGUCAGAGGGCCAAGUAUUGUUCAGGAGAGUGCCAGAAGAAGGACUGGAGGAAGCAUCGUGGGGAGUGUGACGAGUCUUAG